GCGGGACUCGCCAAGCCGAGGAGCGGAGCUGCCGCCCAGCAACGCCGCAGCGGGACCUGCAGCGGGCACCUGCAACCGUCCGUGGAGCCGCGGAUCGGGAGCCGCCGUCAUGCCGCCGAUGAAAGUCUGCAUCGUCGGAUCCGGGAACUGGGGAUCUGCCAUUGCGAAGAUUGUAGGCCAGAACACCCAUAAGUCCAACAGAUUUGAUCCAACUGUAAAGAUAUGGGUAUUUGAAGAGCUAAUCAAUGGGCGUAAACUCACAGAGAUAAUUAACCAAGAUCAUGAAAAUGUGAAGUAUCUCCCAGGACAUAAGCUACCACCAAAUGUGGUUGCUGUACCCGACAUAGAGGUGGCAGCAGAUGGAGCAGAUAUUCUAAUAUUUGUUAUACCUCAUCAGUUCAUACCUAAAGCCUGUGAGCAGCUGACUGGCCAUAUAAAAAAGGGAGCCAUUGGAAUUUCACUAAUCAAGGGAAUAGAUGAAGGCCCAGAAGGACUGCGACUCAUAUCAGACAUCAUUCGAGAGAAACUGAACAUCGAAGUCAGUGUGCUCAUGGGAGCCAACAUCGCUAACGAAGUGGCUGAUGAAAUGUUCUGCGAAACUACCAUUGGUUGCAAAAACGCUAGUGAUGGGAAGAUCUUUAAAGAAUUGUUGCAAACACCAAAUUUCAGAAUCACUGUGGUGGAUGACUGUGACACUGUAGAGCUUUGUGGGGCCUUAAAGAACAUUGUAGCCGUUGGGGCUGGCUUCUGUGAUGGGCUCGGUUUUGGCGACAACACCAAGGCAGCGGUGAUUCGCCUGGGCUUGAUGGAAAUGAUCGCCUUUGCCAAACUCUUCUGCAAGGGCAAUGUCAGCAUCAGUAUAUUUCUGGAGAGUUGUGGUGUUGCCGACCUGAUCACCACAUGCUACGGGGGACGGAACAGGAAGGUGGCUGAAGCUUUUGCACAUGGUGGAAAAUCAAUUGAACAGCUGGAAAAAGAAAUGUUGAAUGGACAAAAGCUACAAGGGCCUCAGACAUCAGCUGAAGUUUACAAAAUCCUGAAGCAGAAGAAAAUGGUUGACAAGUUUCCACUAUUUGUGAAUAUCUACCUGAUCUGCUAUGAAGGAAAGUCUGUCAAAGAUUUCAUCACUUGCCUGCAGAAUCAUCCAGAACAUUUGUAAGAUGGUGUUGUGGCUUCCCAAUUAAGUAUCCCUCUGCUCAAGGUUUCUGUCAAGGUGAUCGCAAUAAAAAGCAAGCAAAACAA